GGCGGGGCCGCAGGAGCUGCCGGAGCUGAAGGUGCUGCUGCUAGGUCUCGACAGGUGCGCGAUUCAGAGCGCCUGGGACCUGUGGCAGGGCUGAAAGCAGUGCAGAGAAAAGACCGCUUUUAGUCAGGUAUUUCAGUAUCUGUAAACAAGAUGGAAUCAACUGCAUUUAAUCGACGGCAAUGGACUUCACUUUCAUUGAGGGUAACGGCCAAAGAACUUUCUCUUGUCAACAAGAACAAGUCAUCAGCUAUUGUAGAAAUAUUCUCCAAGUACCAGAAAGCCGCUGAAGAAGCAAACAUGGAAAAGAGGAGAAAUAACACUGAAAAUCUCCCCCAGCACUUUAGAAGGGGAAUCCUGACUGUGUUAAAGAAGAAGUGGGAGAACCCAGGGCUGGGAGCCGAGUCUCUCCCAGACUCUCUUCGAAACAGCAGCACUGAGGUCAGGCACAGAGGCGACCGUCCUGCUGAAGUGGUGAGCAGCUCUGCCUCUGGGGCCGAGGCCAACCGGGAGGAGCGGGUCCACCCCAGACCGAGACGUGGGUCUCCUGCUGAAGCCCACACUCAGUAUCCAUACCCUCUCAUUGAGGACAGUGAGCGUCUAAAAGACCACACACCAGAAAGUACAAAAAUGGAAAAUUGUCUAGUAGGAGAAUCCAGGCAUGAAGUAGGAAAGCCUGAAAUCAGUGAAAAUACAGAAGCUGUGAACAAAAUAGAGAAAUAUAACGUUCCGCUGAACAGGCUGAAAAUGAUGUUUGAGAAAGGCGAACCAACGCAAACCAAGAUUCUUCGGGCCCAAAGCCGAAGUGCAGGUGGAAGGAAGAUCUCUGAAAACAACUAUUCUCUGGAUGAUUUGGAAAUAGGGCCAAGUCAAGUGUCAACUCCUGCAUUCAGCUUGGAGAAAAGUGAGACUAGACGAAAUCUGGAGAUCCCACGCCUGUCAGAAACCUCCAUAAAGGAUCGAAUGGCCAAGUACCAGGCAGCUGUGUCCAAACAAAGCAGUUCUACCAACUAUACAAAUGAACUGAGAGCCAAUGGCAGUGAAAUCAAAAUUCAUAAGUUGGAGCAAAAGGAGAAUGUACCCCCGGGUCCUGAGGUCUGUGUCUCCCAUCAAGAUGGAGAAAAGGUUUCUGCAACAGAGAAUAGCCUGGCAGCCCGUUCCUCCCUUACUGAAGCUGACUUCACAGGUAACUCCCAGGUUAAGAGUGAGAUCCAGCAGCCUGUCCAUCCCAAGCCACUGAGUCCAGAGGCCAGAGCCCCCAGCCUUUCUGAAAGUUCUCCUCCCAAAGCAGUGAAGAAGUUUCAGGCACCUGCAAGAGAGACCUGUGUGGAAUGUCAGAAGACAGUCUACCCGAUGGAGCGUCUCUUGGCCAACCAGCAAGUGUUUCACAUCAGCUGCUUCCGUUGCUCCUAUUGCAACAACAAACUUAGUCUAGGAACAUAUGCAUCAUUACAUGGGAGAAUCUAUUGCAAGCCUCACUUCAAUCAACUCUUUAAAUCUAAAGGGAACUAUGAUGAAGGCUUUGGGCACAGACCACACAAGGAUCUGUGGGCAAGCAAAAAUGAAAAUGAAGAGACACUGGAGAAACCAGCCCAGCUUCCAAAUGCAGGGGAGAUGCCUCAGAGCCCAGGGGUAGAAGAUGCCCCCAUUGCUAAGGUGGGUGUGCUGACUGCAAGUAUGGAAGCCAAGGCCUCCUCUCGGCCAGAGAAAGAAGACAAACCUGCCGAAACUAAGAAGUUAAGGAUCGCCUGGCCGCCCCCCACUGAACUUGGCAGUUCAGGAAGCACAUUGGAGGAGGGGAUCAAAGUAUCCAAGCCCAAAUGGCCUCCUGAGGAUGAAAUCAGCAAGCCUGAAUCUCCAGAGGAUGUAGAUCUGGAUCUGAAGAAACUAAGACGAUCUUCCUCACUGAAGGAAAGAAGCCGCCCGUUCACUGUAGCAGCUUCAUUUCGAACAACUUCCAUGAAGAGCCCCAAAACUUUGUCCCCACCUUUCAGGAAGGGCUGGAGCAUGUCAGAGCAGAGUGAGGAGUUUGUAGGAGGAAUAGCAGCAGGAAAGAAACAAGUGGAAAAUGCCAACACCUCUGAAAAGAAUGGGAGUGUGGAAAAAACAACCUGGCAAAACAAGGAAUCUAAAGGAGGGGAGGCAGGGAAGAGAAGAAGUAAGGAGGUUUAUGGUUUUGAGACGGGCAGUGAGAAUCUUGUAGAAAAUGGUGCAAAGUUAGAUGAAGAUGAUAGAAACCUUUUCAAACAGCAGUCUCCACUAGAACCCAAGUCUCCAAAUUGGUCCAGCUUUGCAGACAACACCUCCGCUAAAGAAUUCUCUACUCAGAAUCAGAAGUCCCAGGAUGUGGAAUUCUGGGAGGAAGAUGUAGUCAAAGAGCUGUCCGUAGAGGAGCAGAUAAAGAGAAAUCGGUACUAUGAUGAGGAUGAGGAUGAGGAUGAGGAAUGAUAAAUCGCAGUGGUGCUGGGCCUUACCUUUGUGCUAGUGUUAGUGAGCCACUGCCCUUUAUCAGAGUGAUGUAUGUAAACAGUUAUCUUAGCAUGGACUGUAAUUUAUGUGGAAGUAAUUUUGGGAAACAGUGCUUGCUUCAGAAAAAAAUUCCCAUACUGCAGCUUAUCUCUAAAUCCUAGAGAUAACAUUACCUAAAUCCUCUAUUUUAGGGGUGAAGGGAAUAUUCUAACUGAUAUAGACCAGAUUCCACUGUAUUCCCAAAAGGCAAUAUGAAAUAGAUGAGUAUUAUAGUAAAUUGUUAAACUAAAAAUUCAAUCGUACAGAGGGAUUUAGGGGCCUAAACAUUAUGACUGAAUGCACUUUAGUAUAAAGGGCACAGUUUGUAUAUUUUUAAAUGAAUACCAAUUUAAUUAUUUAGUGAUCAUCGGUUAAGAGAUCAAAUAUUUAGUCUUUUUUAAAUUUAGGUUAAUUUUCAUAUUCAAAUAUAUGUGAGAAAUUUAUUGCUUUGCAUUCUGCUCUAAACUACAUCCUGAACCGGAUUCUUGAGAUAUAACAAAACCAUCUUUCUGAAGCACCUCUUAAGCACUUUUGGUGCUUAAAGAGAACCACUGUCUCCCAAAUAAACUAGAGUAUUUGCCAAUGAGUUUCACUACACCCCAUGUGAUUACUUUUUUCUCUGGUGGUGUCUUGUCUCAUAAUUUGCUGAAAACUGCAAUAUUUUAAAUAAGAUCUUUUAUAUUGCUGUUUGCCAUGUUGCAUAUUAGAGCAAAAUAAGUUUAAAGAAGGAAUAGUAUAGGAAAAAAUGCCUUAAACCACUUGAGCUCAGAUCCCCCACCCCCUAAACCCUAUAUUUCACUUCUGAUAAUCCGUUUCCGGGACACUAGUUUUAAAAUUCCUAUCAACUCUUAAAUGUAUUGAUUUUUAUGGCAGACAGUAUUCCUAGGGUGCAAUUAAACCAAUUAUAGGCCUUUAUUGGGGGAGGGGGACGCGGAAUUCUAGUAUUAAGGCUUUAGAACAUUUGUUGUACAUAAUUGAUAUUCCAAGUUGUGUGUGGGGAAGAGGUGUUUUAAGCUAUAGGCUUUUCUUUGUACUGCAUUUUUAGAGAUUUGGCUCUAGUAUUUUUUAGAGUUGUAAAAUAUUCUGCUUUCUUACAAUCUUGCAUACUCUGAAACAUUUUUAUUCAAUAAAGCUUUUAAUUUACA